AUGCGUCUCCAAGUAAUCGCCAGCGCCCUGGCACUGCCCGGAGCUGCGUUUGCUCUAUCAGACUCCUCCCCUUGGGUGUUGCUCUCCACGUCCAAGCUUCGAGAUGCGUCCAAACACAACCAGAUCCAGACCAGCUCAGAGGUGUUGAAGCACACCAAGAGUGUCCUGGCGGAAUGCCCGACCGAUCGAUACCUCGUCGUGACCCAGCCCGGCGUCCACGCCGCCGACCUGCGCCGCGAUGACGGAUGCGCAAUGCCGCACCUGUGCCGGGCUGUGGAUGACUCCAGGAUCAAGAGCCGGUAUACGGUUUCCGAGGUCGUGGGCAGCGUGACUGGUGCAGGCGUUGCCGAAUACAUUAGGUCAUCUUGCGCCGAGAAGAAGAAGACUGUCACUGUCAAUGAAGUGGCACUCGGCUCUUUGGUCGGCAAGGACCGAGCCGGCGCGUUGUCGCACAACGAUGCCGUGCUUGCCAACAACAUCGACUCUGUUACCAAGUCGGGCAGCUACACGAUCCUCUUCUACUCGACGCCCAGUGAGCCGGCUUACGAGCCCGAGUUUGUGGACUCCCUGCACAUGGACCUUAAGAGAGACAUGGAGGGCACGCCUCGCGCUGGAAAUAAAAACAGCACACAGAGAGACACUCGCCCUCUGUUCGAGAAGUACCAGUUCUUCACACCUGGCAUCUUCAUGGGUCUGCUCGUGGCGCUGGUUCUGUUUUCGAUCCUCGGCGUCGGCCUGAAGGCCCUUAGCAGCCUGGAGGUCUCGUACGGUGCCUUUGAGAAAGAGAUGGGCCCCGCUGCUCAGAAGAAGCAGCAGUAG